AUGACCGGUAUUUAUUGUACCAUAUUACUUAAUGCUGUAAUCGUAUGUUUUGCCUGGCCGUUGUACUUCUUUGGCGAUGUGCCGAAAUUUGUUUUCGAUUCUUUUAAUAUUCUGUCAAGGUGGACAAAUAUAGAAGUUGUGAUACGGAAUGGUGACAUCUUACAGAAGCCGGGGCCAUUCAUAUUUGUGUGUAAUCAUCAGAGUUCCAUUGAUAUUGUUGUGAUAUCGCAUUUUUGGCCUUCAAAAUGCACGGUUAUGAUGAAAAAUUCAUUGAAAUAUGUACCAUUCUUCAAUUUUGCAUCAGUGCUGAGUCGAGCAGUAUUUGUGGAUCGCUUCAAUCGGGAAAGGGCUAUGAAGUCGUUAGAAGAAUGCGCAAAAAAGGUUACCGAACAGAAAUUGAGUGUCUUUAUAUUUCCGGAAGGCACAAGAAAUCACGGUGAUGGAAUGAUUGAAUUCAAAAAAGGCGCAUUCAACUUAGCUGUUUUUGCACAAAUACCAAUUAUACCAAUAGUUAUAUCUUCUUACAAGCAGUUUUAUAAUAAGGAUACGCGUUAUAUUGCAAAUUCGGGCUACGUUAUUGUGGAAAUUAUGGAUCCGAUACAAACUGCUGGUAAGACAAUUCAAGAUGCCCCUAUGUUAGCGGAUGCUAUUCGUGUUAAAAUGAUGGACACUUUUUCAAAAAUUAGUAAAGAAGCAGUCGAAGAAUUUACAAAUCGACAAGAAGAAAUCAAUGAGGCAAAAAAAAUUCGUUAG